AUGUGCGGUGGGAUUCCUUUACUUGUAGAGUUAGUUGGGCCCAAAUUUAAAAAAUAUUUGUCCAGGGCCUCAGAAUUUAAGUCUCUCAAGGAAUUCCUCAAAGAUUUCGUAGCAGCUGGUAGAGACAUUGAACGUGUGGUCGAUGAAGUAUACAAAAGCUUGGAUGAGCUUUCUAAGGAGGCCUUUUUAGACAUCGUGUGCUUUUUCGAUAAAGAUGAGGUACGAGAAGUCAGUGUGGCUGUUGGAAAGGUCCAACUUGAUGUGCUUCUGGAUGCGGCACUUGUGAAACUCUCUUUUGAUGCCGAUCAUGAAACUCUCUGGUCCAUUCUGUUGGGUACUGAGGAGGAAAGGCCGCAGUUUCUUCUCACGGGAAGGAAGGUGAGAGUUCACGAUAUAAUAAAGGAAAGAGGAAGAUGGUUGUCCAAACAAGAUAGAAUAGUGGAGGUGGAAUCUUUGAAGGAUGCUCUACAAGAUACGCAGAAAUUGCAGAAAAUAAAGGGGAUUGCAAUUUCCAAUUCCAAGGAUAGUGAUGUAUUAGAAAUUGAAGCAGAAAGGCUAGACAUUAUGCACUCUUCUUUGAGAGUUUUGAAAAUCGCAAAUUCCGUUAAAGUGAAUGGAAUAUGCCAACGCAGUUUUGAAAGUCUUAAAUAUUUAAGUGUUGAUGGGAAUUUGCCUAUGCAUCCCAAGCAACUCAAAAGACUGGCUGUUUUAACGGGGCCAGAAGGAGCAAAUAGUGAGAAUGUUGAUAAGCUGCCGGCAUCUUUACAAAUGUUGUCUCUGAAAGAUUCUGCAAAUAUUCCUACAUUGCUUCAAAGUUUUGACACCCUAUCUUCUCUGGAAUACUUAAAUUUAGAAGGCUGCCAUGCACUGGUGAAGGUUCCAACAAGCUUUGGCCAGUUACAGUCUCUAAUUGGAUUGGACCUAAGUAGAUGUAGUAAUCUCGCUACACUUCCAGAGAACAUUAAAAACCUAUCUGCCUUGCAAUUCUUGAAUUUAUACAGUUGCACUGAAUUGGCCAGCCUUCCACCCACCUUCGGACAGCUCAAAUCUUUGCAAUGUUUAAUUAUGGGCGAAUGCAGCGAGUUGACCUGUUUGCCGGACAACUUCCACAAUCUAUCCACUUUGCAAAUGCUUCUAUUAAAGAAAUGUGAGAAACUGGUUGAAUUACCUAAAAGCUUUGGUGCUCUAUCUGCUUUGAAGUUUCUAGAUUUGAGUAGUUGUUCCAACUUAAAGUUCCUUCCAGAAUCAUUUGGGCAGCUCAAGUCUUUGAAAUUUCUCAGCAUUAGUAGUUGCAACAAUUUGAAGACGCUCACUGGUGGGUUUAGAUCCUUAACUUCACUUAUGAUAUUGGAUGCAUCAUCUUGCAAAUCAUUGGAUGAAGAGGCGGUGGACAUCUUAGUUGAGACAAGAAGUUUAUUGUUCCUAAAUAUAGAUGAAUCGCCGUCACUGAUUCAGCGGUGGAAUCAAAUAGGACAUUGCUACCCUUUGAUUGUGGGGGCCGAUGGGGAUGUUGAUGAUGACAGUUUCUCGCACACUGUUGAGCAUACGCUAUUUCAUGGUGGAAGCAGAUUUGUGGGCGUGAAUGGUGAUGGUGGACAAUUGGUAGACUGGUCUUGGUCUUGUUUUUCAGGGGAAGAAGAAGAAGAGGAAGUGGAAGUGGAAGUGAGUAUGUUGUUGACAAUGUGUGAUUUAUCUUUAGAUUGCAAUAACAGUGCUUUACAAAUAGUGAGGAAGGAAAUAGAAAGGAGAAUGGAGGAAAGCCGUAAUGGUGGGCAAAAGUUCCAGCUUGUAUAUGCAGAGGCAGGGGAUUCAGUGGACAGCCAGAGUGAAGAGCAUAUCCACCAAACUCUCAUGAAGCUUUUACCCAAUUGCACUUGCACUUGCGCUUGCAUGCCUGUCGACAAUAGAACAAACCGACUAUUUGCAUAUGCUCUCUAUGCACUACUCCAAUCUGAGUCGAGGUAUGUAAUUCAAUCUUUACACACAUGUAUUUUUGGAUUGAGAGUUAGAAUGCAGAGAGACAAAAAAUGGGCGGAAUUUCAAAGUGAAUGUUUUCCAAAUGAUUACGAAGAGGCAUUGAUAGAUCAGGGAGGUGGGUUCAAGAAACUCUUCUCCACUCUAGAUAUUUGUUCGGAUAUGCUGAUUUGAUAGGCUGAUUUGACAGUAUUUUUUGUUCGGGAAGGUUGAUUUGAUAGGCUGAUGUCUGAUUUUGCAACGGUGGGGAUGUUAAAAGCAUCAACAUUGGCAGUGCUAUAUGAGACUGGACUGUUUGAGAGAAUUGUGUGUCUUUAUGUGUCUGUUUGAGAGAAUUUGUGCGAUUUAAAUCAUCAAUUCAUAUAGUUGGAAUUUGUGCUUGGCAAGGGGCAUGGGUCUCUUUGCUGUAAUUGUAGUUUUAAGUAUAAACAGAGGGUUCCAGAUUUGGGCUUGAUUUUGAUGUAUGGAUUUGUUUUGAAAUCA